AUGCGAACAUUCCAUACACUACUUUCUGUAAUCCAGUCCCUUGCGCAGUCACGGGGUGAUUCCCCUGCUGUGCGGUAUGCGGAUGAGUCUGGCUAUAAGACGAUCUCGUAUGCGGAGCAUUGGCAGAAUAUUAACGAUGCGGCAAAGAAUUGGACUGCGGAGCUAACUCAGGCAGGAAUUGCUAAAGGCUCUGUAGUUGGGCUUUGGAUGAAAGGAUUGUCCUAUGAGGACUUGCUGCACUAUCUCUCACUCCUAAGAGCAGGUUUUGUCCCACAGUUGUUUCCCUUUCGCAUGCAAGAUCCAUCUAUUCUCUUCGAGCUUUUAGCAAAGGGUGGCGCUACAGCUUUACUAUAUGAUCCAGACUGCGAGCCCCUAGUUAGAGACUGCCCAGUGCCUACAGCCUCUAUCAGUGGGGUUGUGGGGAGAACACCCGAUGAUGUAUAUCUGAACGCUGUCACGACGUCUGCAAACGGUGAUCAGGUCUUGGUCAUCUUCCAUACCUCAGGAUCUACGUCCAUACCCAAGCUAGUCCCCCAGACAGUGCGAUGGCUGGACUGCUUGAUUCGGAAACAUCAACAUGACCAUAUAAGAGAUAGUCCCGAUUCCGUUAUUUCCGCUAUUGGCUCUCAUGCCCAUCUUGGCAACACUAUCGUUCUCGCAGUACACCUGGCGGCUGGAAGUUGCUUGCUGUUGCCUACCACCAUUCCUUAUUCGCCUUUGCAACUCGACGAUAUGAUCACAAAUGGAGGGCUUACCAUAUUGAGCAUCUUUCCUGGUCUCCUUGUACCAAUGUUCGCUGAGGCCCGUCGCGACGAUGCAUUUCUCAAGAAGCUGCAGAACCUCCAGAAGAUCAACUUCGCUGGCCAUAUCCUUCAGCCCAAAGAGGAAGCUUGGGGCCGUGAGAAUGGGCUCAAGCUGAUUAACGUCUACGGCUCUACUGAAAUUGGUGUUUCGAUGAUGUCCACUCCGACUUCACCAUAUGUUUCGCCCUUGGCUGAGUCAGGAUGCGAAUUCAUUCCUUUUGGCGAACCUUUAUCUGGAUCAGAUCAACUCUUUCAACUUAUCAUCCCAGCAGAGGCCGACGACUGCCCCCACCCUUCUCUUAGAAACAAAUCGGAUGGCAAGUUCCAUACUGGCGAUGUAUUGCAGUGUAUCAGCAAGGAUCAAUACGUCUAUAGAGGCCGAGUCGACGACACAAUCAAGAUGAAGCUCGGUCAACCCUGUGACGCAGGUUCUCUCGAGGCCGAUGUGAUGCAGAUUUGUGAAAGCGAUUUAAUCAGCGCUGUCUCUGUUAUUGGUUCUGGACGUCUUUCGCCGGCAAUGGUGGUUGAGGCAAAGGAUGAUGCGAUUUUUGAGGCGGAUGAUGACAAGCUGUUGGCACUCAAAAAUGAGAUUAUUUUCAGGACUGCGCUGUUUCAAAAGCAGAAAUACGCUCAUGUGUGGAUUUCUGAUGUGCGUCUUGUUUUUGUUGUGAAGAAGGGUACAUUGCCUAGGACGCCGAAGGGAAAUGUUAUGAGGAAGGCGGUUGAGAAGAUGUUUGCCAAAGAUUUAGAUGAGUUUUUCCUAAGUGCCUCUAAGCCUUAG